AUGCAUUCAGAAACGCCAACAUGGGAGGAGGGGAGAUACCCGGGCGCCGAGGGAGAGAAUGUCCAGCAAAACGACCAACAUCUGGCUGACCCGGCUGUUGAGAAUUCUCAUGCACCUGGGGAUGCAGAGGACAGUGGUUCCGAAGACGGAGGCGAUUACGAUCCGGAGUCUGUUACUCUCGAUAGCGCACCAGUGCAGACGGUAGAGGCUGUCCCCCUUGUUUCAUCUCAGCGUGCAGCGACAAAGCCCAAGAUGUCGGGUGGCUUCAUUGUUGAGGCGUCCGAGGAUGAAGAGGAUGAUCAAGAACCCCAGCCCGUGGUUGAAUAUAAGACUGAGCAGCCUGAUGGCCGUCAAUCUGCAACCAUUUCGAAUGAGAGUCCACAAGCCCCCGCUGCCAACGAACUUUCCCAGCCAAGGAUUCCACCAGUCAUUGCUGGUCUCGACCCAGUAGCGCUUCUCGAGGCUCGCAUCAAGGAAGACCCUCGGGGCGAUAUGGACGCAUGGCAGAAUCUUAUAGCGGACUACAAACGCCGGAAUGAUAUAGAGGGAUUGCGCAAAAUUUAUACUCGUUUCGUAGAGGUGUUUCCUCAAGCGGCCGACAUCUGGGCAGACUGGCUGGAGAUGGAACUUAGCUUGGACCAAUUCGCAGUUGCUGAGCAGCUUUUUGGUAGAAGUUUGAUGACGGUUCCCAAUGUCAGGUUAUGGACUGUUUACCUCAAUUACAUUCGGCGACGCAAUGAUCUAACAAAUGAUACUACUGGCACAGCUCGACAGACUAUCGCCCGAUCUUAUGAAUUUGUAAUUGAUAACAUUGGGAUGGAUAGGGAUUCGGGGAAUAUCUGGCAAGACUACAUUCAGUUUCUCAAGAAUGGACCGGGCCAGGUUGGCGGCACAGGCUGGCAGGACCAGCAAAAAAUGGAUCAACUGCGAAAGGCGUACCACCGAGCCAUCAAUGUGCCAAUGUCGACUGUGAAUAAUCUUUGGAAAGAGUAUGAUCAGUUUGAGAUGGGCCUGAACAAAAUGACGGGACGUAAAUUUAUCCAAGAGCGUUCGCCGGGAUACAUGUCAGCAAAGAGUGCUAACAUUGCCCUCGAUAAUAUUACUCGGAAUAUCAAACGAUCUAACCUGCCUCGCCUUCCACCUGCCCCUGGCUUCGAUGGCGACCAAGAGUUCAGAGAGCAAGUCGAACUGUGGAAGAAGUGGAUUGCUUGGGAGAAGGAAGAUCCUCUGGUCCUGGCAAACGAUGAACCGAAAGCAUUCAAGCAGAGAGUGAUAUAUUGUUACAAGCAGGCUCUCAUGGCUUUGCGCUUUUGGCCAGAGAUCUGGGUGGAUGCAGCACAAUGGUGUUUCCAGAAUGACAUACGCGAAAUGGACAAAGAAACCGGCACAGACAUGCUACUCCAGGGAAUUCAAGCGAACCCUGAAAGCGUCCUGUUGGCUCUCAAGCACGCAGACCACAUUGAGCUGAACUAUCCUGCAAAGGAGGGCGAUACCGCAGAAUAUGCCAAGGCAGUACGGAAGCCAUUUGACGAUGUUCUGGAUACGCUAUAUGCCAUGGGUGAUAAAGUCAAAGAAAGGGAGAAGAUGGAGGUAGCGACGCUGAAGCAAGCUGCGGCGCAUGAUGCUCCUAUUGCUCCAUCCAUUGAGCCAAACGACGACGACGAGCAGGGACAGCCCAAAAAGUCAGCAAUCGAGGACCGUAUCUCGGCCAUCCAGGAAGGAUAUUCUGCCGAGAGUCAGCUCCUGUCCCGGACAAUCUCGCAUGUCUGGAUUGCUCUGGCUCGUGUGAUGCGUAGAAUACAGGGCAAAGGUAGCCUAGCCGCUGGCGGUCUACGAAAGGUUUUUACGGAUGCUCGCCAGCGAGGCCGUCUUACGAGCGAUGUGUAUGUUGCCGUCGCCCUACUUGAGUCGGUGGUCUACAAGGAUCCUGUUGGGGCCAAGAUUUUUGAACGUGGUGCUCGGCUGUUCCCGAGUGAUGAGAAUUUCAUGCUUGAGUACCUCAAAUUCUUGCAUGCGAAGGACGAUACAACCAAUGCACGGGUUGUUUUCGAAACCUGCGUCACUCGCCUAAUAUCAAAACCAGAAACAAUGCACAAAGCUAAGCCACUGUAUGCUUAUUUUCACAAGUAUGAAUCUCAGUUCGGCGAGCUUUCCCAGAUUUCCAAGCUCGAGGAUAGAAUGGCAGAGCUCUUCCCUGGGGAUCCUAAACUCAACUAUUUUACAUCUCGGUAUUCGACAGAAAAAUUUGACCCAAUUGCAGCCCCCAUCAUUAUCUCCAAAGCGGUGCAAAUGCGGCCGAGGCAAGUUCUACCGACUAUAGAACAGCCUCCGAUCUCAGCCCGCAAUAGCCCGGCGCCAUUACACCAAGAACAAAGCCCCCGCCUCCAAUAUGUUCGAGCUACCGCAUCUCCAAAGCGGCCCUUAGGUAUCGACGAAGAAGAACUAAAUCCAGCCAAGCGAGUUGCCCGGGCUGCCUCCCCUUUGAAAGGCGCAGCCGGGCGGCGACUUGAUCAGCAGCGGCGUAAUCAGUCCUCUGCACUUAACCGUGAAAUCACGUUCCUGCUCGGCAUCCUCCCGCCCGCACAUACAUAUGACGGCCAGAGGUUCAGCCCGCAGGGUUUGACAGCACUCUUACAGAGCACAACUCUCCCCGAUUAUAAUUCCUGGAGCUCUAGGAGCGGUGACCAGAACCGGCAAGGAACACCGGGUCAUGGCAGACAUGCUUCGGGAGAUAUUAUGGGGCGGCCAAUCAGUCCCUAUGGAAGGGUUGCCUCCGCGUCUGGGGGCUAUCGAAACUCUCCCUUGAGGGCCGAAAACUUGGGCGGCCACCCGGCCAACCCGUUUGCACCGCCGCCCUCUGACCCAACUGUUGCUGGCAUGCAACCGAGUUGGCCAGGUCAGGGAGGCUACUUGCAGUCCUCAGCGGGACAGUACGGGGGGUACAGGUACUAG